UGAUGUUUGUUUUGUUUUGUCAUAUCGACUCGCAGGAGAGAAAAUUUUAAAGGUUAAUUGACGGGGGGACAACUGCAGUGUCAAUUUAGGGGGUUUUAAUAUAAGUGGGGAAGACAUGUAAACUGAAAUCUAAAGGUUCCAUCACAAACCGAGCGAGCUAACAAAUUCAGUGGUCUGACGGACACCUUAGACAACAAUCAUGCCGAAAAACUGUGCCGUAGUCCAAUGCAAUUCUAGUGCCCGGAUGCGUGAACGGAAAUUCUAUCGAUUUCCGAUGCUCAAACACUCAAGUACCAAAACCUUAGCCAUAACACAGAUUCGACAAGAAUUGUGGGUCAGAGCACUGAAUCGAAUCGAUUUUCCGCCGAGUCGAUACAAACAUGCAACGGUCUGCGAUCGUCAUUUCGUAUCAGGUAGAUCAGCGCAUUAUACUGACGUUGAUCAUGUGGAUUGGGUACCGUCAUUGCACUUAGGAUAUGAAACACUUGAAAAAGAGACCGAAUCGACUGAAUCAGAUCGACCGUCAUUAUACGAAAUAUUCGAAAUAAAAGCUGAGCCAAAUGAAUUGGAUGGAGAUUCCAACGAUGAGCGGCCUGAUUACCUGGACGAAGUUACACCGGACAUGGAUCCAGAUGACAUAAAAGAUGUGCUACGAGACGUUACCACAGAGGGAUUAUGUUCAGAUUACACAGACUUACCAACGGAUAGACAAACGAUAAUGAAUUUUGAGUACGUUUCCAGUGAUACGGUUAGCACACAAACGGAUGGUGCAAUAACUGGUAUGUCCUCUGACAUACUACGGACAUAUGAGGCAAAAAUUGCUGAUUUAGAGGCAAUGUUAAGUGGUGAAAGAAUUAAAGUUGAACAAUACUGAUGAUGGAGACAAUAGUCAGAAAUAAAAUCGAGUCUUUUGAG